ACAUUUUGGGAAUGGCAUGUUGUUUUGUCAAAUUGACAGACAUGCAAGACAGUAGAUUAUAAGCAAAAAUAAUGUUUUUCCAACCACCCGUUGAAGAACCAGGUUGUAGUGUGAAUUUGAAAACUACCUCUCGACGGCAAAAGAAAUUAAGACGCAAAAACAAGUUGAAAGCAAUAAAAAAAGACCAGCUCGCGAGGAAAAGGCUCUCUCGCAAUCCAAUACCAAUCACAAUGUCCUCAUGGGCUGAGAACUUUACGAGCGCUGCUACAUGGCAGUUGAAACACCAAGUGGCCUUUUGGAAGUCACGAGCUACAGCCUUGGAAUAUGAAAAUAAGUUAUUACAUGAUAUUAUACGUAAAAAUUACCUAAACCAAUCACAGUCUGACGAUACCUCGAGAUCGAAUUCGGAAGAAGAAGAUGAAUGCAUAGAGCCUGAAGAUGAGGUAGAAGAUGAUGUUGACGGGGAAAUAGAAGUGAGUGAAGAAUUUAUACAGUUUCUUAGAGAAAAUAAGAAGUUCAGAGAUGAUGCAAAGAGGGAGAGAGAGAGAUUGAGAGCUAAGAAUGAUGAGGAACAAAGAGCAAUAGAAGCAAUGGAGGCUGGACCUACAGAAAACGAUGAAGAUCCUCAAGAAAGGUUAAAAAAGUUAUAUGGAGAAAGUUGGGAGAGGAUAUCUGCCUUGGAAAUGUCCAUGCGGUCACAUUUUAUUAACAUUUCAGAUCGGGAGAAACCAAUGUAUUGGCCUAAUAUACCAUUCAAUUUUAGUUUUGGAUGAUAUUUUAUUUUGGUGUAGUGUAAAUAUGUUUUCCUAAGUAAGAACUCCCAUAUUGUAAGGUUGACUAACAAAUAGUAAAAUUGAUUAAGAUUUUAGUCAUUAAAUUUACUAUUUUGCAUAGUUGUAUUAGUUUUUUUUUA